UCACCAUGUUUCUAGUGUUUAUAUCAAUAAUAUUAUCUAUUGCUUACUGAGAAGUUAACAUUUUGGAUGUGGAGAGCCAGACAACCCUUUUUUUUUUUAAGUAUCAUUAGUUGAUCAGUCAAUGUCAUCGAUCAAGAAAAUGAUAAGGUGGUGGUCCCUGGAUUGCGCAACCUAAAAAAAUUGUAAAUAAAGAUUUGAUAUUUUCAUAUAUAUGAUAUGAAAUAUUGUAACAAAGAUAUCCAAGUGAGAUCAAUAACUCUCCUUUAAUUUCAUUCAGUGCAUAAACAUAUGAGCUGAGUGAACUAAUGGAGAUGUAUGAUCUGAAAUCAAUUGCAGUCUCCAUAGUUUUGGUCACAGUAGUAACAUGGGCAUGGCGACUACUGAACUGGGCAUGGUUUAGGCCGAAGAAGUAUGAGAAAUAUAUGAGACAGCAAGGUCUUAAAGGAAAACCUUACAGGCUUCUUUAUGGAGACUUGAAAGAGAACUUCUUGAUGAUAAAAGAAGCUAAAUCCAGACCGCUCAAUCUUUCAGAUGACCUUGUACCUCUUGUUCUUCCAUUCAUCGAUAAACUGGUCAAAGAUUAUGGCGACAAUUCUUUUAUGUGGUUUGGCACAGUACCCCGGGUGAUUAUUACGAACCCUAAUCAAGUAAAGGAGAUACUUACCAGGAUAAACGAUUUUCAGAAAUCUAAGGCCAGAAAUCCACUUGUUAAAAAAAUAGCAACUGGACUUCUAGAAUACGAGGGUGAGAAGUGGACUAAACAUAGAAGGAUUAUCAACCCAGCAUUCCAUCAGGAGAAAUUGAAGCUUAUGCUACCUGCAUUCUACAAAGUUUGUAGUGAGUUGAUUAUCAAAUGGGAGAAGUUGGUAAAUGUAGCAGGAUCACGUGAAAUUGACGUAUGGCCAGAACUUCAAAAAUUGACAGGUGAUGUGAUUUCUCAAACAGCAUUUGGAAGCAACUAUGAAGAAGGAAAGAGAAUAUUUCAACUCCAAACGGAACUAAUUGAUCUUGGAAUGCAAGCUGCACAUACAUUUUACAUCCCAGGAUUGAGGUUUUUACCUACUAAGAGGAAUAAGAGAAUUAAGGAAAUUGACAAUGAAGUGCGAGCUUUACUCAUGGAUAUCAUUAAGAAUAGAGAGAAAGCAAUGAAAGCAGGUGAAGUUGCAACAAAUGAUGACUUAUUAGGCAUACUUAUGGAAUCCAAUUUUAGAGAAAUCAAAGAAUAUGGAAACAACAAAAAUGUUGGGAUGACUAUUAAUGAGGUGAUUGAAGAGUGCAAGCUAUUUUACUUGGCCGGGCAAGAGACUACCGCAGUUCUCCUUGUUUGGACUUUGAUUUUAUUGAGUGAACACCAAGAUUGGCAAGCUCGUGCAAGAGAAGAAGUGCUUCAAGUCUUUGGAGAUCAAAAGCCUAACAGUGAUGGGUUGAAUCACUUAAAAGUGAUAUCGAUGAUAUUAUACGAGGUGCUGAGGUUAUAUCCACCAGUUGUGGUUAUUCCUCGAGCUGUUUACAAAGACAUCAAAUUGGGAAAUUUAUUGUUACCUGCUGGAGUAGAGAUCUUUUUGCCGAUUGUCCUGGUUCAUCAUGAUAAGGGACUGUGGGGUGAGGAUGCAAAGGAGUUUAAACCAGAGAGAUUUUCGGAAGGAAUUUCGAAGGCAACAAAGAAUCAAGCUUCAUUUUUCCCUUUUGGAUGGGGUCCUCGGAUUUGCAUUGGACAAAACUUCUCUCUGAUAGAGGCAAAAAUAGCUUUGGCAAUGAUUCUACAGAAGUUUACAUGGGAGUUAUCUCCCUCUUAUGUUCAUUCUCCUCACAGAACUAUUACUAUUCGGCCAGAGUACGGUGCCCAUUUGAUUCUCAAGAAAGUUCCAUGAAAACUUUCAGUUGUUGUUAAAUAAGAUUGGUGUCAAAGACUGAACAUUAAUUAGCUUGCAUGGGUUUUAUUGACUGUGUAUGUAAUAAAUUUUGUAUUUGUUAUUGUUUUCUUUUUGUUUAUAGGUAAAUGUUAAAUGUGUUUAAAAUGCUAUCUUCA